AUGGCUUUCAAAAACGUCCGAAAUCUGCUUCUAAUUAAUCACAACGAUGGCUUUAUCAAUGAUGAUGAAUUUGUUGUUCUGUACGACCUCUAUGCAUCGAAAAACCUCGACUUUCCGUACGAUUCGUACGCACCUUUUGACCUGGAAGAGCUUGAUGAGUCUGAGAGUUUUGCAGAGUUUCGCUUUGGAAAACGAGAUAUACGAAUUCUGAAGGAAGUUUUGCUAAUCCCUGACACGAUUACCUGCAGUCAGCGCUCUGUUUGUGAUGGACUAGAAGGUCUCUGCAUGCUGCUAAAAGCGGCUUUCUUACCCAUGCAGAUAUGGAGACAUGGUCCAUAGAUUCGCUAAACCUGUUCCAGUUCUUAGCAUGAUCACCAAUCAAAUGAUUGACUUCGUGUAUAAUGUUCACGGGAACAGA